UCGUUGAAGUUGAUCACGUGUCAGGCCCUAGGAUGAGAUGAGAAUAGCCGGCUUUUUUGUCUAACAUUAUUCGAGGCUACGUAACUACGCGAAUGUAGCUUUCGAUAAGUGGUAAUGUCUAACGCGGGUCACUUCAGUGACAAAUAUAAAUCUUAGUUGAAAAAUAUUUACAGUAUUUUAUCAUAAAUACUUGUCUUGAAUUCCAUACUGUUAGCCGAGGUCCCAACUCGCUCAACGCUCUGAAGGUCGUUGGAUAAUAACAAAGUAAAAAAUUGCUUGAAAACAGCACGCGUUAUCCAGCACGGAUGAAUCAGUGGCCCGAAGAAAUAUACAGCCAAAGAAUGCAAGCUCUGGAACGAUACUGCACGAAAUUCGAAUGGGUGUUGCCCGAUUGGAGCCUCCUCUAUGAUAACACUUAUUCAAAGGGAAUCAAAUCCGAUUCCUUCCCGCUUCAUGGUGUGCCUCCUUGUACUUGUCGGUUAUUUCUCAACUUAGAAGAUCAGGAGUCCAAUAUCCAUGUAAUACUGUCCGAUCCUGUGUCUGUCCUUGCCGCAAAUGUAACAUUGGUGGUUAAUGAGAAUCCACCGCUGACAUGGGGUUUAGAUCAACCAAUCAGUAAAUGCACUCCUCUGAAAAUCUCCGUAUCACAAAAUAGAAAAACAAUCCUUGAUGCGAUGAAUAUCGAUUCAUCGCAAGGAGUCCAAGACACGCUUACUAUUGUAGCCGAAUUUGUGGCCAUAGCAGUUCCUGCACCUUUACUCUACGACAAUCCUCCUCCGACGAAUGUUCUGAAAAAAGUGGAAGCUUUAUUCGAGGACAAGAAGUUCUGCGACGUUACUCUUGUGUUUGACGACGAAGAAAUUCCAGCACACAAAACUAUCCUGGCAGCACACAGCGAAGUUUUUCAAGCCAUGUUUUUAAGUCAGAUGACAGAAAACGAACAAAGCAUAGUCACAAUAGUUGAUACAGAUUCAAAGCUGUUCAGGGAAUUUAUUAACUAUUUGUACACUGGUCAGGUUAAUAAUUUGAAAGACUCUGUUGAAAAAAUGAUAAUGGUGGCAGAUAAGUAUGAAGUCACAGAGCUCAAAGAAAUGUGCGCAAAUUUUAUGUUAAAAAAUCUCAACAUCCAAAACGUUGUACAGUAUAUUCUCAUUGCCGAUAAGCUCUGCUGCGACGAAUUGAAAAAAAAAGCUCUCCACCUUCUCCGGAACAGCUCGAGUGCUUGGGAAAAUGUUAUUAAAAACGGUGAUCUCGAGGCAUAUGCAGGAUUAUCAAAAAUAUUGAGCAAUUCUUCACAAACAUAGAUGAGAUACAUUCAUAUUAGAUAAUGAAUUUUUUUCACACUCUAUAUUCUCUAAUUUCGUUGUGUCAUGAUUUCACAUCUGCCUCAGCUAAUUUUUUUCUAACAUUUGUGCAUUUUUUAUUUUAAGAGCAUCAAUACAUGAUUUAUUUUGAUUUCAUGGAGAGCUCGCUUAUUACAUGCAAUCUAUUUUGUUCUUGGGAAUGCCCAAUCCCAAUCUGAUUAACCUUUAGAAUGAAAAGCAUCAAAUUUAAAAUGGAAAUCGACCUCUAAACAUUUAUUUUUUAUAAUUUCCUUUAUUAAUAUUUUCUGCACUUGUUAAAGUCAUAAAUAAGUUCAUUUACAGAACAAUAAUUAUAUUUGGUCCUCGCUUAGGUAUUAUGCAGUUCUGAGAAUAAUUUAUCAAGUGACAUUAUUAAAAGGGUAUUGAAAAAAAAAAAUCUAAAAUUAUCUACUGUAAGUUCUUCGGAUAGUUUAUCAUUAUAUUUUAUUUCUCGAACUUGUUUUAUAGUUUUGUGAUAGUCUAAGUUUAAAUGACGUGUAGGUAAGCUACUUGAUAUAGAAGUAACUAUGGUGAAAAAAAUUAUUUUCUUUCGUACACCCUGUAAUGUUAACAAAAAAAUGUUUCGUUAGAAACAGCAAUUGCCUUAGGCUUUAUUCAUCUAUAAAUUAUUACGCAUCAUUAAAUUGGAAUAUUAAA